CUCGAUGGAAUAUGAGUGUGAGGGUUAAUCGCCAUUGCAUGAAAAUUUUUAGUUUUCUUGUCCGAUUUGAGUUUGCCGUACGCGAUCUCCGAAUUAAAUCGAUUUAUUGUAUUUAUAAUGCCUAAAAAGGAAAAGGGACGGGCCGGCAAGUCAAGUGUAUUGUGUCAGUAAUUGAGAAAGUGCGGAAAAAGCGAAGAAAACGUAGCAAAAGUUUUUCCAACAUUUUUUUUGCAUUCUUUCCUUUCGGAUCCUCCACACAACACAUCUCUUCUCUCAAAUAUUAUUACCUGAAUUAAAAACAAAUUCCCCAAACGGCUUUAACGCAGGAAAUAUGGAUAAACCGCAACAGAAUGGUGAAAGCCCCGAGCAGCAAACGAACAAUGCACAAGGGAAACCAGCUACAAAUAAUAUUCCUCCAGUAACGCCAAUUACGAAAUCCAUCAACUUAUCUGGACCACUGAUUAAGAAGGAUAAACGACAGAAUAGUUCGAGGUUUAAUGUGUCCAAAAAUCGCGAAUUGAAUGCAUUACCUCUUCUGGAAGAGGCCAGUUCGAAUGAGAGAGAGGAUUUAUUUAUUCAAAAAUUGCGACAGUGUUGCGUUCUAUUUGAUUUCUCGGAGCCACUCAGUGACCUGAAAUGGAAGGAAGUUAAAAGGGCAGCCCUUCAUGAGAUGGUGGAAUAUCUCAGCCAACAUAGUGGCAUUGUAACAGAGAAUAUCUAUCCUGAAGCGAUUAAUAUGUUUGCAAUUAAUCUGUUUCGUACACUUCCACCAUCUUCCAAUCCAAAUGGUGCAGAAUUCGAUCCGGAAGAGGAUGAGCCAACACUUGAGGCAUCAUGGCCACAUUUGCAAUUUGUUUACGAUUUAUUUCUACGUUUUCUCGAGUCACCAGACUUUCAACCGGCCACAGCUAAACGAUACAUUGAUCAGCAGUUUGUACUGCAAUUGUUGGACCUCUUCGACUCGGAAGAUCCACGCGAGAGGGACUUUCUAAAGACUGUACUGCAUAGGAUAUACGGAAAACUAUUAGGAUUACGUGCGUUUAUACGGAAACAAAUUAAUAAUGUGUUUUACAGAUUUAUCUAUGAAACGGAACACCACAAUGGUAUUGCUGAGCUACUGGAGAUUCUGGGGAGCAUUAUAAAUGGUUUUGCUUUGCCACUCAAGGAGGAGCAUAAGCAAUUUCUCCUCAAAGUGCUGCUGCCUCUGCAUAAAGUGAAGAGCUUGUCGGUAUAUCAUCCACAAUUGGCGUAUUGUGUUGUUCAGUUUCUGGAGAAAGAUCCCAGCCUCACUGAGCCAGUAAUAAAGAGUCUCCUUAAAUUCUGGCCAAAGACACAUAGUCCAAAAGAGGUGAUGUUUCUCAAUGAAUUGGAGGAGAUAUUGGAUGUAAUCGAACCGGCUGAAUUCCAAAAAGUCAUGGAGCCCCUCUUUCGUCAGAUCGCCAAAUGUGUGUCCAGUCCGCAUUUCCAAGUUGCAGAGCGUGCCCUCUACUAUUGGAAUAAUGAAUACAUAAUGUCCCUUAUUUCGGAUAAUUCCCAAGUAAUACUACCGAUAAUGUUCCCAUCGCUCUAUCGGAACUCAAAGACACACUGGAAUAAGACAAUUCACGGUCUUAUCUACAAUGCCUUAAAACUCUUCAUGGAAAUGAAUCAGAAGUUGUUUGAUGAAUGCAAUAUGAACUUCAAGCAGGAGAAUCAAAUUGAGAGAGAAAAGCUGACGCAACGUGAAGAGAUUUGGCAGCAAGUUGAGACACUGGCGAAAAAUAAUCCUGAAUGGAGUCGAGUUUCCGUGAAGAUUGAACCGUAUUCAAUUGAUACCCUGGCGAGAAAUGAUGCAGAUAUGCUGAUAAAGAAUGAGAAGCUGACGUAUGAUGAGCUGGAGAAGGAAUCUCGAGAUAUUCACAUCUCGAAGAACAAAGAGAAACCCCUUAUUCGGCGUAAAUCAGACCUCCCGCAGGAUUCUGGUACAGUACGAGCUCUCAUUGAGCACAAGCGUCCUGAUGAAUUUCUACACACACCACCUGAUCCCAAUAAAUGCUAAGCAAAUGAAAAGAAAAGAAGCUGGUCAUCUCAAGAAGAAAAAGAAGAAAAAAAGGUGGGAGGUUAUAUAGAUAUUUAAUAUAAAAAUAAUAUAAUUUUUUCUCCUUAUACUAUUCCUUAUAUUCUAAAACAAAAAGAAAAACAUGAAGAACUAUAAAAAAAAACUAUUUGCUAACAUUGCGUAGAAAGAAAAAGUUUUAAAUGAAAAAAUAUUCACAAUGAAUCCACUAAUCUCUUUAAAAAAAAAUAAAAAAAAAUCACUUUAAUUGAUGAUGGGAAAUAAAAAAAAAGAAAAGAAAUAUCCCGCAAAUGAUAAAUUCCAAAUUUAUUCUAAAAUAGAUAAUUUUAUUCGACGUAUUUUUAGUAAAGUCCCCCUCCACCUACAUAAUGAAAAAAAAACAAAAGAAAUAAAGCGCAAUAAUGUAAUAUUUAUGCAUUUUUACCAACAGAGCAAGACAGAAGGAGGUUAAGAAGGAAAAGCAUUAGAUUAACGGGGGGGAAAAGAAGUUUUAUGGUGCCAUUUUGAAGAUAUAUAAAAUUUAAAAUAAUAAUUUUUAUCAAAGUAUUUCUCUAUUCCAAUUAAUUUUCUCUAUUUUCUUCUUUUUUAUAAUGUAUAAAACAACAACACUUAAGAAAAAAAACAAUGAAUAUAACUUAUCUGUAUAGGUAAUGAAAGAAUGAGAGAUUAAAUAUAAAAUUGCAGACAAACUGUGGAUUCUUCUAUUUGCAUGGUUUUUGCUAUGAGACCACCCCCGCAUUGAAAGUAAACAAAAAUAUAAUCAGACUGUUUGAAUUUCGAAAGAUAAGAAAGUCUCUGAAUAAGCAAACUUUUACACUAAUCUAUCUAGAAAAUUUCUUUCUCAACGUUUAUUCAGUUUUUAUUUGUUUAUUUUUUUUAAGUAAAAUUUCAUCGAUGAAAAUUAUUCUCCAGAGUUUUUUUCCUUGAUUUUUUCUAAUUUGGAUUUCUCUAAAAAAAAGAAGUUUAUCCGUUCCUGUGUGAGAAAAUUCCCCAUUCGAAAGAUUAAUCCGAGACACGAUUAAUUUUGGUUUUAAAAAGAAAAGGAAUCGCUAAAGGAACAUUCCAUUUUCCACUGGAAUCAGUUGGAAAAAAGUCGGAAAAAUUUUGUCCAAAAUUCCAAAUAAUGACGUCAUUAUUGUGUUUUAUGUCUCUUUCAAUGCAUGAAGCAUAAAAAUAUCUUAUAAAAAAUAAUUGAAGAAGCAUCACUGGGAAUGCUUCAUGUAUUUAAUGGGAUAAAAAAGACAAUAGUGACGUCAUUUUUCCAUUUUUUUGGCAAUUUUUUGCCAAGCUUUUCAACUGAUGUUGGAGGAAAAUGUUUAGGUAAUCUUUAAGAUUUUUUUUAUUAAAUUUUUUAUCUUCUGCAAGGAUUUGCGUAUCUCGAUUAAUUUCUUCAACGACGAAUUUUUCCAUAUAGGAAUGCAUAAAUUCCUUUAUUUUAUUCUUCAAUUUAUCCUUAAUGAUUUCUUUGUAAAUUAUUCUUCAAAAUAAAUUUCUACAGAGUUAUUUCAAAUUAUUUAAAAUUAAAAAAAAAAACAGAUUUAAAUCCACGGAUUAAAAACAAAUUAAAUAAAGAAAAAAGAAAAACUAAUGAGAUUGGCAGAGGAAGAGAAAAAGAGGGAUUGAUGCAAAACAAGAUAAAAAAAAGAGAUGGAGAGAGUAAUAUCAAAAAUAAGUACACAAAUUAACAAAAAAAAACAUUCUGCCACAGAAUAUAGAGUUUUAAACUGAAAGAUAUAAAUGUGAUUGAGAUAAUUAUAAAUUAUUCUUACUAAAGUUUAAUUAUAUAUAUUAAUGGAAAAAUAGUAUUUUAUUUUCGUCCGCGAUAGCAUUUUAUAGAGAAUUCUUUUUUUUCUUAUUCUUCAAGAAUUAUUUUUUUCCAUAUAUUUUAGUAUAACUUCCUUUUUUUUAAUACAUUAAUAUUUUAUUUACAAAAUAAGAACCUAAUUCCAGAAUAUAUCUUUAUAUGGAGAAAAAAAAACAAAUAACUUACAUUUUAUAUAGAAAACACUAAAAAAAAUCUACGUCACAAUUUCUGUGUAACUAUAGAGAGUUAUUAUUAAUUAUUAUUAAAAAAAAAAGAAACAAGAUAUUUGCUGAUAAAAUGGGCUGAUGAGGUAAUAUAGAUUGAGGUGAAAAAAAAAUACAAAAUAGGUACGCCUUAAAAUUACAGAUAAAAUAAAAAUAACAAAUUGAAUAAAAAU